AUCUAUCCACAACAUCCCUCCCUACUCUUCCUUGCCUCUUUCCCUCCCCCGCCAUGCUCUCCCGCCUCGCAGCACGCAACCUCCGCUCAGUCGCGGGCCCCUCAAGAACCCGACUCUUCUCCUCUUCCAUCCCCAGAUUAGCAGAUGUCACCCUCACAAUCGACGGCAAGGAGGUCACCGUUCCCCAGGGAACCGCUUUGAUUCAGGCUUGUGAGCAGGCGGGCGCUACGGUUCCUAGGUUGUGAGUGUGCUUCUCUGUAAUAGUGUUGGUUUGCAUUGGAGAUGGCGCAUGUGUGUGGUGCUGGAGGGAGACUGCUUGGGGAGAUGAGAGAGAAGUCGAGUGACUUGAAGAGCAAUGUAGGGGCGGGAAGUGGGGCGGCGAGAUGUGGAUUCGCGCGUGAAGGCGGUGGUAUAUGGACGCAUACUCCAUCUCCCCCGCCUUCCCCCUACCUCCUCUACCCUGUCACGCAUCUCCACUCUCCGAGGAGACGCUGUAUAUGGCGGUCGCUUGCUCUUUAGCAGCAUGCGGGGAUCCAAUUCCCACAGUGACUUUAUGGUGUCGUUGAUUGGCUCUUGAGCAGCCGAGGCGCGGGGCUGCUAGUCUGCGAUGGGGCCCGCUGGGGUCUAGCUGCUCGCGCCCAUCCAAUAGUGUUGCCCCUGCUUGUUUGGUUGCAUGUCAACGGUGGAUGGGAUAGGAAGCAUGGCUGACACGCAAGCAGCUGCUACCACGACCGCCUGGCAAUCGCCGGUAACUGCCGAAUGUGUCUUGUCGAAGUCGAGAGAUCACCAAAACCCGUCGCCUCCUGCGCCAUGCCCGUCAUGCCCGGCUCCAAAGUCUUCACCAACACCCCCCUCGUCCACAAGGCCCGUGAAGGCGUCAUGGAAUUCCUCCUCGCCAACCACCCCCUCGACUGCCCCAUCUGCGACCAAGGUGGCGAAUGCGAUCUCCAAGAUCAGUCUAUGCGGUACGGUUCGGACAGGUCGAGGUUCCACGAGAUCACCGGCAAGAGGGCGAUUGAGAACAAGGACUUGGGACCUAUCGUCAAGACGUCGAUGAACAGGUGUAUCCAGUGCACCCGAUGUGUGCGAUUCGCGAAUGAUGUCGCUGGUGUCGAGGACAUGGGUACCACCGGUCGAGGUAACGACCUCCAGAUCGGCAUGUACAUUGAAAAGACGAUGGACUCGGAGAUGUCUGGUAACAUUAUCGACCUCUGCCCCGUUGGUGCCCUCACCUCCAAGCCUUAUGCUUUCCAGGCCCGACCCUGGGAGCUCAAGAAGACGGAGAGUGUGGAUGUCCUCGACGCUGUGGGCGCCAACAUCCGAAUCGACUCGCGCGGUACCCAGGUUAUGCGUGUGCAGCCCAAGGUCAACGACGAGAUCAACGAAGAGUGGAUCAGCGACAAGACGCGAUACGCCUACGACGGUCUCAAGUACCAGCGUUUGACCACGCCUCUUGUGCGAGAGGGCAACAGGUUUGUGGCUGCUGGUUGGGAGCAGGCGCUCGAGACGAUCCGACAUGGGUUGGUGUCUUCUGGUGCCAAGGGUGAUGAGAUCCAGGCUGUUGCUGGUGCGCUCGCCGAUACCGAGGCGCUUGUGGCUGUCAAGGACUUGCUCAACAAGCUCGGGUCUGAAAACCUCACCCUCGACCAGAACCUCGGCGACGCCCCGACCAACGUCGACAUCCGAUCCAACUAUCUCUUCAACACUGGUAUCGAGAAUGUCGAAGAUGCCGACGCCGUCCUCUUUAUCGGCUCCAACCCCCGACACGAGGCUGCCACCAUCAAUUCUCGAUUCCGCAAGUCUUUCCUCCACCGCGGUACCGACUUUGCCGUGAUCGGUGAAAAGUUUGACUCUACGUUCGAGUAUGACCACCUCGGUACCUCUGGUAAGGAUGUGGCGGCCUUCUUUGGCGGCAAGGCUGGCAACUCUUUCGCCAAGAUCUGGAAGGAUGCGAAGAAGCCUCUGAUUGUGGUUGGAAGCGCCGUGACGGAGACCAAGGAUGGGGCUGCUAUCCUCGCCGAGGUCAGCAAGCACGUCUUGGCCAACUCUGAAAAGUUUUUGACUUCUGAAUGGACCGGUUUCUCUGUUCUCCAGAGGGCCGCUUCCCGAGCCGCUGCCUACGACAUUGGCUUCACCCCCUCCGCCUCCGCCGCCCAAACCAAACCCAAAUUCGUCUACCUCCUCAACGCGGACGACGUCGACCCCGCCUCCAUCCCCGAAGACGCCGUUGUCGUCUACCAAGGCCACCACGGUGACCACGGUGCGCAGUUUGCGGACGUCUGUUUGCCUGCGGCGGCGUACACUGAGAAGAGCACAACUUGGGUGAAUACUGAGGGUAGGAGUCAGUUGGGUAGGACGGCGGUGCCUCCUCCUGGGGCUUCUAGAGAAGACUGGAAGAUUGUCCGAGCAUUGUCAGAAGUCGUUGGCGAACCGUUGCCGUAUGACACUGCCCACGACAUCCGUGUCCGUCUCUACAACAUCUCCCCCUCCCUUGUCCGAUACGACGAAGUCGAACGCCCUUCACCCGAAGUCCUCAAACUCGGUCUCACCACCCUCGCCUCCUCUUCCGCGCAAUCAUCAGCCGAACCGUUGAAGAAGCCUAUAACAGACUUUUACAGGACGGAUCCUAUCUCCAGGGCGUCGGUGACGAUGGCGGACUGUAGCAAGGCGUUUACGAAGAAGGAGUAUGUCAUUGGGGAUGUGGACUCGGGAGCGCAGGCUAGUUAUGCGUAGAAAGUGUAGAGGGUAGUGGUUUCGUUUUUUUUUUUCUUUCCUACUCUUUCCGUGUUUAUUUGUAAUCAGCAUAUGCAGGACCAGCAUUCAUCACACAAUUACAA